AUGUCAGGAACGCAUGAGGAUCAAGAAACAGUUGUACAUUACAAGUCACAAGUACAGGUUCUUCAUCAUCUCGACCUUUGUUGUGAUAAGUUCCUGUCGGUUUGUGGCCUUAGUGUUAAGUCUGACAAGAGUUUCCUCAACUCUGGUGAUUUGGUGGUAAUACCACCGUGGUAUUCCUCUAAAGUUUUGGUUGGGAUAAUUCUCUAUUACUUUCAGCAGUCUGCGUUAACGUAUUCUUCUUCUAUAUUCUCAAGGUAUGUUCUGCAGCUAUGUGGAUUCUUCUUGUGCUUGUUGAGUGCUGCAAGAAUCACAUAG